AAAAAAGUUGCAUAAUUUUAUUUCACAAACCAUAGACAGUUUGCAAUAUACCUUUAUUCCUGUAAUCAAUAAAUGCAUGUGUAGGGUAUCAAGGCCAAGCAGACUAAAAUUACAUUACUUGGCUACUAGUGUCUACUAAUAAAUAAAUCUUUCUCCCACGGUUGGAGGUUAGAAGUGUACGGUGCUCUACAGUGAUAAAUUCGAUUUCUAUAUAUACAUAUAAAAAAGGCUUAUUUUUUGGUUUCCAGGGGUACAUAUUGGUUUCUUAUAUUUCUUAAAUUCAUUUACAGUUCCAUAAUGUCUAAAGAUUCAAGCUUUCGUGCCACAAAAAACUUUCACCUUCAAUUUUUAACUGUGAACUCGCGAGAUACUUCAGUUAUUCCUUGCGUUCAUCUAUUCUUUGAUUCUAAACGAUAUAUAUUUGGAAGUAUUGGAGAAGGAUGCCAAAGAGCCAUUCUAUCCCAGCAAUUGAAGCUCUCAAAAAUAAAGGAUGUAUUUUUAUGUCAUGGGGGCCGUAUCCUUUCAGAAUCUCCUUCUUCUGUAUCCCCUUUAUCGAUUUCUUCAGUUUCAAGUCCUUCACCUUUAACGCAUUCAGAGACUAAUUCACAAGUUGACUGGUGGGAUUCUUGUGGUGGCCUAAUAGGCUUUCUAUUGUCCAUGAAUGAUGCGUGCGAUCUUCCUCAAGGUGAAAACCCUUUCACUCUUCAUGGUCCAAGCGAAAUACACUAUUAUAUGUCUUGUAUGCGUCACUUUACUUACCAUACUAAUGUGGAUUUAACUAUUCAAGGAUAUUCUUCCUCUGAAGCACCUGAAUACGUCGAUGAAAAUAUUCGUGUAACGCCCGUUGUAAUUUCUCUACCGUCAAGCGGAAGGAAAAGAAAAUACUCUGAUAGUCCUGCUUUAUCCAGUAACGAAAAUACUUCUGCGACGUCCGAUUCUACGCCUCACUGGUUUACACAUUCUUCGAACGAAACAGCCUUCGUGGUCGAUAACGCAUUGUAUAAUACACCUCCCCCAUUGGAAGAACAGAGUCCGCAGAUAUUUAUCUCUUAUAUCGUGCAAUCCCAUCCUUCUCCUGGAAAGUUUGAUGCCAAGAAAGCAAAGUCGUUAGGGAUCACUAAAGGUGUCGAUUGUGGAAAAUUAGCUAAAGGUGAAUCAGUAACUCUAGAUAAUGGCUCAACUGUUUAUCCCGAUGAUGUUAUAGGUCCUCCUAUCCCAGGAUCGACUUUCUUCUUUAUACAUUGUACACAUGAAUCUUUAAUUGACACUCUAAUUCAACAGCCUCAAUGGUCAACUGCUCCAGAGCCAGUUUGUAUAAUACAUUCGGUAACAGAUGCAGUUUUCAACAAUCAAAGAUACAAACAUUGGGUUUCUUCAUUAUCUAACAAAGCUUCCAAUAUCUUGUCACCCACAAGUGAGUUAGAAACUGUUAAUUAUACGAGAAGCGCAUCUGCAAUCACAGCUUUGAACAUGCUUGAUGAAAACACAUUUCCGCUUGGUAAAAACUGUUAUCAAGAAAGCCUGGAUAGUUUAAAAAGAGAUGGGUAUGUUAUCGCAUGUCCAAAGAUGAAAUUUAUGUUUGGAAAGAAACCCGGGAUAGAGUACCCUGAAGCUGGAAUGGAUGUGUCACAGCUCCGCAACAACAUUUCUGAAGAAAAACCAGAUUAUAAGGAAUUAUUUAACAAGUCCAGACUGUUGAAUGAAUCACUCAGUCUUCCAAAUGACUUUGCAGGCUCCGAAAUUGAGUUUUGUACGUUGGGCACUGGUUCCGCAAUGCCAUCAUUAUACAGGAACGUCUCUUCUAAUUUUAUCAAAAUUCCCAAAAGGGCAACAGAGCGGGAAGAUUUUAUUGAGAGUAAACGUUUAACAAACAAUAUUUUACUUGACUGUGGUGAAGGUACUCUUGGAAGAUUAGCUAGACAAUAUGGUGACAGUCUAAAUGAUGAGAUCUCAUUAUUGAGAUGGAUUUAUAUAUCUCAUAUGCAUGCGGAUCAUCACGCUGGUGUGAUUGGAGUUUUGAAGCUGUGGUUUUCGAUAUCAACCACUUCUUCUAAGUUAUUUAUAUGUGCACCUCCUCAAUUUGAGUCAUGGUUAAAAGAUUAUUCCAAACUAGAUAAGCUAGACCUGUCCAGAAUAGUCUUCCUUUCCAACAGCGCUGUUCGACGAGAUAGAACUUUAACUGAUGAAGAUUUAAUUAAGUAUCGAUUGCUUUUGCAGGAACUCGAUCUCACUUCCUUUGAAACUGUAGCAGCAGUCCAUUGUCCUUUUUCGUAUUGCAUGCAGUUUACCGGUAAUGAAGGAUGGAAAAUCGCUUACUCAGGAGAUACCAGACCAUCGGAAGAAUUUAUCGAAAUAGGAAAAGAUGCUACUGUUGUUAUUCACGAAGCUACAUUAGAAGAUUCGAUGCAAGAAAUAGCCGUACGGAAACAACAUUCUACCUAUAGUGAAGCUUUAAGAGUAGGUCAACUUAUGAAUGCAAGAAGCAUCAUUUUGACACAUUUUAGCCAAAGAUAUCCGAAGCUACCUGAGGUGAAUCUCAGCGAUCAACAACUGAACGUCGCCUUGGCAUUUGAUGGCAUGUGUCUUAAAUCGUAUGAAAUUCCAAAAUUCAAGAAUUACAUAGAACCUUUGGCACAUCUAUUUGCUGAUGAUGACUGUCAUUGACAGUUGAAACGGUAAAAUAAAUAUCAUGAAGGUUCGAGGGUUACGAGAAACAAACGUCUAUAUAAACGACCUAAAUCUAAAAAAGUUUAAUUCCAUCAUUGUUUUAUCCUUACUCU